AUGACCAAAGCCCACAGGAAGGCAGGACACGAUGAACUAAGAAAGAAAAUGUCCAACCAAACCAACAUAACUGAGUUCCUUCUCCUGGGAUUCUCUGACAUUCGGGAGCUGCAGAUUUUCCACUUUGUGGUGUUUCUUGUGAUUUAUCAGGCAGCCAUGAUGGGGAAUCUUCUCAUCAUCAUGGUUGUAGCCCUAGACCACCACCUUCACAGCCCCAUGUACUUCUUCCUGAUGAAUUUGUCCAUCCUAGACCUCGGCACCAUCUCUGUCACCGUCCCUAAAUCCAUGGCUAAUUCCAUCAUGAACACCAGGUCCAUUUCCUAUUCUGGAUGUGUGGCCCAAGUCUUUUUCCUUCUCUUCUUUGCUGUAUCUGACUUCGCCUUACUCACUGUCAUGGCGUACGAUCGAUAUGUUGCCAUCUGCAAACCACUGCACUAUGAGACUAUAAUGAACAGGAGAGCUUGUGUCCAAAUGGCAGCCAGUGCCUGGAUUAGUGUAAUUGUCUAUUCUUCAUUGCACACCAGGAACACAUUUGCAAUCUCCUUCUGUGGUGGUAACGAGGUGGAUCAGUUCUUCUGUGAAAUUCCCCAGCUACUCAAGCUCGCCUGCUCUGACACGUACCUUGGUGAAGUUGAGGUACUCAUCUUGGGUGCAUGCUUAGUCUUAAGCUGUUUUGUUUUUAUAAUUCUGUCAUACACUCAGAUCUUCCGAACAGUGCUGAGAAUCCCCACUGAGCCGGGUCGGCAUAAAGCCCUAUCCACCUGCCUCCCUCACCUCAUUGUCGUCUCCUUGUUUGUUUCCACUGGCAUCUUUGCCUACCUGAAACCCACCUCCAGCUCUCCAUCAAGUCUAGAUCUCAUGGUGGCUGUUCUUUAUUCCGUGCUGCCACCAGUGAUGAAUCCGAUCAUCUACAGCAUGAGGAACAAGGAAAUCAAAGCUUCCCUGAGGAAACUCACUGGGUGGAGGUUAUUCAGCAAGAAUAAUGUGUCUAUAUUUCUCUUAUGA